AUGGAAGCCACUGAAAUUCACCAAACCAUCGUGAAGGACGAGCCCUUGUCCGACUUCAACGACAACCUCCCAGAGGGCGAGCUGGAAGCCCCUCUCAAGACCGAGGAGGAGUACUCUGUUUCCGAGCUGACUCUACGUGCUAUCGUGUCUUCUAAGGAGGCCGGUGUCAUUAUCGGAAAGGCCGGAAAGAAUGUCGCUGAUCUGCGUGAGGAGACCGGUGUCAAGGCCGGUGUGAGCAAGGUUGUCCCAGGUGUCCAUGACCGCGUCCUGACAGUGACCGGUCAACUGCGCCCACUUGCUCGCGCCUAUGCGAUCGUCACCAAGGGACUUUUGGAGGGCGCCCCGCAGAUGGGCAUGGGCGGUGUUGUCGCUACCAACGGAGUUCACCCCAUCCGCCUUCUGAUCUCCCAUAACCAAAUGGGUACCAUCAUUGGCCGACAAGGCCUGAAGAUCAAGCACAUCCAGGAUGCAUCAGGUGUUCGAAUGGUGGCGCAGAAGGAAAUGCUCCCCCAAUCCACAGAGCGCAUUGUGGAAGUGCAGGGCUCACCCGAGGGCAUCGAAAAGGCAGUGUGGGAGAUCGGCAAGUGUCUGCUUGACGACUGGCAGCGUGGAACGGGUACCGUUCUCUACAACCCCGCCGUUCGCGCUUCUCUCGGUGGCUCCCAACCGAUCACCAACAACCCCGCUCCUGGAAACGGAUACCCAAGCAACAACAGCCGUCAGUACAACCGAACUGGCAACGGCGCCGAUUUCAGCGAUGGUGGCUACAACCAUGAUGAAGAGGUCCAGACCCAGAACAUCAGCAUCCCCGCGGACAUGGUUGGCUGCAUUAUCGGUCGGGGCGGAACCAAGAUCACAGAGAUUCGCCGGAGCUCAGGAGCUCGGAUCUCGAUCGCCAAGGCUCCUCAUGAUGAUACUGGAGAGCGCAUGUUCACCAUCAUGGGAAGUGCCCAGGCCAACGAAAAGGCCCUAUACCUCCUAUACGAGAACCUCGAGGCCGAGAAGACCCGCCGCAGCCAGCUUCCUCAGGAGUAA